UUUCUUGACAAUUUUUGUAUUUUUUUUCGUUUUGAUGAUUUUUACGGUUUUGGAGUCUCAGGAAAAGGAAUAUAUUGUUAAUGGUUAUUAAAUUAGGGCGACGCUGUUUACUUCAGGUCUGUUCCGUUUCUGUAGGGGGUUUCAGUGCUGCCACGCGUGUAAUCGCGUUUUGUGCUCACACGGGCUUAUUUCUAGAGGUAUUUUGUCGAGCGAACCGGAGCUGCAAAAGCAGUCGUGAAUCUUGGAGAAUUUUUGUUCAGUGGUGGUGCUUCUUCUGCUUCUUGUUCUUCUUCUUUUUUUAAUGAAGGUUUAUGUUCCCAAGGCGCCUCAGGCGACACUCUCCCCAGUGAUAGACUCUCUCCACAGAUGGUCUGGUCUUCCUCAAAGGGUCAGUCGUGGUGCUGUUGUCCAACACUAUAUGGAAAAUAGUGAUCAAGACGUCAAUUACAACAGUCAUCUCAAACACAACUUUUUGCUCAAAAUGUUAGUCAGUCCUCCACGACUUGAUAAAAUGUCUUCAGCAGUCAUACCAAAGGAGUUGUUGUUGAAGCUCAACUUCUACCAGAAACAACAGCCAGAGUCUGAGUCUGAGUCUGAGAUGGAAAAUACCUACUGGAUUCUUCCUACUAACCAUAAUGUACAACAAUCUGAUCAAAAGAAUAAUCUCGGUAAUGGUUUUUAUCUUUCCCUAGCAUCUUCGUUGAUCGAUGCUGAAAAAACUCAAAAGAAGAUAAAACAUGUUUAUCCGAUGGUCUCAAUAUACAAAAAUAAUAAAAGUGGUGAUAUUUUAAGAAAUCGUAAUGUCCUUAACAAAAAAAACAAUUUUGAAAUGAAAACUUUUAAUACUAGUAUUAUUGUAAGAUAUCACUUGGAUCAAAUCCUAAUUUGCUUAAAGCAGCUAUCUUUUUUAUUCGUAAAUUUCAAAAGUUUUGAUGAAAUUAAUCUUACUCAGCUUUCAGAAAAUCAUAUAAUUUUAAAGAUUCCAACUGGUUUUGAGCAAGAUAUAAAUCAACUCUUGGAUAAUAAUACACAUGUUGGAAUUACUCUGUCUCCCUCGAAAAAUCUCGCACCAUCAUUUCAAUCUACUGGGCCAUCAAAGCCUUUGGUCGUCGAUAUGGUUGAGAUUCUAAAUGGGGUUUCUCAACUAUAUUCCACAAACUCCUCACAAGGAUUUUCCAAAUUAAAAACUCAUAACUACGAAACACUCUCUCAAAUAAAAAAGGAACUAGCCACUCUAGUAACUUCCAACAAAAAAGACGAAGACAUUUCUAAUCUGAAGUCAACAUGCAUAAUCAUUCAUCAAAAUAGUAAAACUAAAUCCAAUUUGCCCACUUUUUUAACAAAUCUAUAUAGAUUGAGUAGCUUUUUGCAAAGUUAAGCUGUUUUAUCAAAAUUGUGAAUUAUUUCAUUCUUGUUUUGUAAAUACUUAUAAUAUAUGUAUAUAUCCUUUUCACUAAAAAAAUCAAAAAAAAAGAAGAUGUGUUAACCGUAAAACACAACUUCUUUGGAAUUUUAGUAUUCAAUAUUAAGCAUCAAAUAUAAAACAUGAGAUUCAAACCAUGAAGAAAACAACUAAAAACUAUGAAUAUUUCCCAUUCUGUCAUUAUAGAAUAAAAAUUCUAAUAGAACUAUAUCUGAAAUAAGCGAAAGUAAUCAUGAAAAA